AUAUUUAGCUAGUUAAAUUGACAACCUAGAACUACGCGCAUGCCUUAUACACUUGGACGGAGGUAGUAGUUGACUUUCAUAUACCCAUGCUUGCUUGAUUAGUUUGCCUAAUCAUCGUGACCCAUCUUUCAUGAUGGGCACAAGGAAAGUAGCAGCAAGAGGACUGCAUUUACUCUGAGAAUACUAUUACAAUAAUUUUUUCUUUGGCAUCGACACAUUUUCUUCCAAAAAAGUUACUCUAAACCACGAGACAAGCAACAAUGACAUGCCUGCAGGAGUAGCCGAUGACUCACCUUUCGGUGACAGCCAAACACAAAGCACCCAAAACACCGCGUGGUAUGGUUGUGAACUUCGGAUGCUGAGAAUAGCAAGACGAAGACUUGUUGACUGCUUACUUCUUUCCGCGGAGCUCACAUCUGCUUCACUGAUUCUGCAUAACCAGGUGAGAUCUUUUUCUCCUCUGAAAGCUCAUCCCCGCAAUAGCCCCCAUAUCUCCUCUCAAAACUCACUGGUUUUUCUUACAGUCUCCAUGGGCCCUGCCGGCCUCCACCGUUUCUUGCUCAUCGUGCUUGCAGCUGCAGCACCAUUGCUCUCUGCGUCGCAGCGUUUCGACUACCCCGCAGCGAACCUCUCGACGCUGUGGAUCAACAACAAAGCUUUCCUCCCACAUAGUGUCAGCUACUCCGACGGUUCAGCCGUGCGGGCCAUUGUCCUCCAUUCACCCAAAACCUUCUAUGGCCCCUCCUUUGCCGCAGGAUUCGUCUGCGCCUCCCCCUGCGAUGUCUUCCUCUUCGCUGUCUUCAUUGUCUACACCAAUAGUGGUGCCAAGAUCACCAUGCCGACUACUGGGACUCCGCAGGUGGUCUGGUCUGCCAACAGGGCUCGCCCUGUCAGAGAGAACGCUACCCUUGAGCUUUCCUCGGAUGGAAACUUGGUCCUCUGUGAUGCUGAUGCUAGCCUCGUCUGGUCGAGCAGCAGCUCUGGGCGGUCUGUAGCUGGCAUGAUGAUCACCGAGGUCGGUAAUUUGGUCUUGCUUGAUCAGAGAAAUGCAACAGUGUGGCAGUCAUUUGCUCACCCUACUGAUGCAUUGGUCCCUGGGCAGUCGCUUCUGGAAGGUAUGAGGCUCGUAGCAAGUACGUCUGCAACAAAUUGGACAGAGAAUCAGUUGUACAUGACAGUUCUCCCUGAUGGAUUGUAUGCUUAUGUCGGAUCCACACCACCACAACUCUAUUUUUCGAAACUGGUGAACAAUAACAAGACAGGAAAGGAUCCAACAAAGGUCACCUUCAUGAACGGCAGCCUCAGCAUCUCUGUGCAGUCCAAGCAACCAAAUGAAUCAGACACGACUAUCCAGUUGCCAGCAGCUAACUCCACCCAGUACAUGAGAUUGGAGUCCGAUGGGCAUCUGAGGCUCUACGAAUGGUCUAAUGCAGAUGCAAAAUGGGCUGUAGUGUCUGAUGUAAUCAAACUAUUCCCUGAUGAUUGUGCCUUUCCAACAGUCUGUGGAGAGUAUGGUAUAUGCACAGGGGGGCAGUGUGUUUGUCCGCUUCAGAAUAAUUCUAGUUCAAGCUACUUCAAACCGGUCGAUGAGCGGAAGCCAAAUCUUGGUUGUGCAUCAAUGACUCCAAUCUCUUGUCAGGAAAUGGAACACCAUCAGUUGUUGACUCUUACAGACGUUUCUUACUUUGACGCCAGCCACAUCGUUGUGAAUGCAACAAAAGGAGAAGACUGUAAGCAAGCUUGCUUGAAGAACUGCUCCUGCAGCGCCGUGAUGUUUAGGUACGGCCAGAAUGAUUCCGAUGGAACGUGUCUGUGGGUGACAAGGGUCUUCUCCUUGCAAUCAAUACAACCUGAAAUUGUUCACUACAACUCCUCUGCUUACCUCAAGGUGCAGCUUAGCCCCUCAACUUCUGCCUCUAAUGCAAACAAAAAGAAGGUGAUGUUAGGUGCUACACUUGGAGCUAUUACUAUUCUUGUAGUGCUAGUCAUUGCUGUCAUUCUUUAUGUGCGAAGGAAGAAGAAGUACCAAGAGUUAGAUGAAGAACUAGAUUUUGAUCAAAUUCCUGGUAUGACAGCGAGGUACUCGUUUGAAAACUUGAGAGAGUGCACUGGAGACUUUAGUAAAAAGCUCGGAGGUGGUGGGUUUGGAACAGUUUUUGAAGGGAAAAUAGGUGAACAGGAAGUUGCAGUAAAACGUUUGGAAGGUGCUAGACAAGGAAAAAAAGAAUUCUUGGCCGAAGUUGAGACUAUUGGCAGCAUUGAACACAUCAAUCUUGUUAGGCUGAUCGGCUUUUGUGCAGAGAAAUCUGAAAGGCUUUUAGUAUACGAAUAUAUGCCGAGAGGGUCACUUGAUAGGUGGAUCUACUACCGCCAUAACAAUGCCCCUCUUGAUUGGUGCACCCGGCACAGGAUCAUUCUAGAUAUUGCCAAAGGCCUAUGCUAUCUCCACGAGGAGUGCAGGCGAAUAAUUGCUCAUUUGGACAUCAAACCACAAAAUAUUCUCUUAGAUGAGAAUUUCAAUGCCAAAGUGGCUGAUUUCGGACUAUCUAAGCUAAUAGACAGGGACCAAAGCAAAGUAAUGACAAUGAUGAGGGGCACACCUGGGUAUCUGGCACCUGAAUGGUUAACGUCCCAAAUCACUGAAAAAGUUGAUGUCUACAGCUUUGGAGUUGUUGUUAUGGAAGUAAUUUGUGGAAGAAAAAAUAUUGACAUAUCUCUUCCCGAGGAGAGUGUUCAGCUCAUCAAAUUGUUACAGAAAAAGGCUGAAGAUAAUCAGUUGAUCAAUUUGAUUGACAAGCAUAGUGAGGAUAUGGUCUUACACCAAGAGGAAGCAGUUCAAUUGUUGAAGCUUGCAAUGUGGUGCCUGCAAAAUGAUAGCAGUACAAGGCCUUCAAUGUCAUCAGUGGUCAAGGUACUGGAAGGUUCAAUGAAUAUAGAAACUAACAUUGAUUGCAACCUUAUGAAUGCAAAUCCAGUAAUGUCUGUCCCGCAUAAUCAAUCAACAUAUUCAGUUCCACCUGAAGCAUCGAUUUUAUCUGGCCCGAGGUGAAAUGGGCGCUACUGUAACUUACAAACUUAUAAAAUUCAGGCUUUGUAACUACUUUUGUAUCCUAUCUUAUUUAUAAAUUGGAAGUAUGUUUUA